UUCUAAAAUAUAAUUUUUUAUAAGAUAAAAUAUUAUCAUUUUCUUUAUAAGAUUGAAAUUUUACAAACAGAUAAGAGUUUGAAGUUGUAUUUGUCUGAAAAUCAUAAGUGAAGUAUGGACUUGAAGAAGAGUGAGAAUCAAACAAGUUUGAUUUUCUGUGUCAAUGGUGAAAAGUUUGAGUUAUCCAAAGUUGAUCCUUCAACCACUUUGCUUGAGUUUUUGCGUACUCAAACUCAAUUCAAGAGUGUUAAACUCGGUUGUGGUGAAGGUGGUUGUGGAGCUUGUGUAGUUUUAAUCUCCAAAUAUGAUCCGUUGCUCGACAGAGUCGAGGAUUUUACCGCAAGCUCUUGUCUCACACUACUUUGCAGCAUACAUGGAUGUUCAGUAACAACAAGUGAAGGCAUUGGAAACAGCAAAAAAGGGUUCCAUUCAAUUCAUGAAAGGUUUGCAGGAUUCCAUGCUUCUCAAUGUGGUUUUUGUACUCCCGGAAUGUCUGUUUCCCUAUUCGGUGCUCUUGUCAAUGCUGACAAGAGCAAUUUUCCUGACCCACCACCUGGUGUCUCAAAAAUCACCGUUUCCAAGGCUGAAAAAUCUAUUGCAGGGAAUCUUUGUCGCUGUACUGGUUACCGACCGAUUGCUGAUGCCUGCAAAAGUUUUGCAGCUGAUGUCGAUAUGGAGGAUCUUGGUUUGAACUCUUUCUGGAAAAAGGGAGAGAGCAAAGAAUCAAAGCUUAAUAAGUUGCCUCGAUAUGAUCGUGAUCACAAGAAUAUCGAGUUUCCUAUGUUUUUGAAGGAAGUCAAACAUGAUUUGUUUAUAGCUUCUGAGAAACACAGUUGGAAUAAACCUACUAGUUUAGAGGAGCUUCAAAGUUUAUUGGAAUUAAACCAUGCCAAUGAAACCAAGAUAAAAGUUGUUGUUAAGAAUACUGGUAUGGGAUAUUACAAAGAUAAACAAGGCUAUGAUAAGUAUAUUGAUAUAAGUGGAAUUUCUGAGCUAUCAAAAAUCAAAACGGAUCAAUCAGGGAUUGAAAUUGGAGCAGCGGUGAGUAUAUCUAAAGCAAUUGAAGCAUUACAGAAAGAAAGCAAGAGUGAUUUUAUCUCUGAUUUUGUGAUGAUACUUGAAAAGAUUGCUGAUCAUAUGAGCAAAGUUGCGACAGGUUUUAUUCGGAACACGGCUAGUGUAGGUGGCAAUCUCGUGAUGGCGCAAAAGAAUAAGUUUCCUUCGGAUAUAGUUACUAUACUUCUUGCUGUGGAUUCAAUGGUUCACAUAAUGACUGGUGCAAAAUUUGAAUGGCUUGCAUUGGAGGAGUUUCUUCAGAGACCACCGUUAAGUUUUGAAAGUGUGCUUUUAAGCAUUAAGAUUCCUAGUACAGAACUCUAUAAAAGCGAAUCUUCGGAGACAAGAAGUAGUAGAUUCCUCUUUGAAACCUACCGUGCUUCUCCUCGACCGCUUGGAAACGCGCUUUCUUACUUAAAUGCUGCUUUCCUUGUUCAGGUGUCGCCUUGCAAGGAUACUGAUGGAACCAUGAUAGAUACUUGUAGGUUGUCUUUUGGUGGUUUUAGGAAUAAACAUGCAAUCAGAGCUAAACAUGUUGAGCAGUUCUUAUCAGGAAAGUUAUUAAGUGUUAGCAACCUGUAUGAAGCUAUCAACUUGCUUACGGAUACUGCCGCUAUUACACCUCAAGAUGAAACUUCGACACAUGGUUACCUUUCGAGUUUAGCAGUUGGUUUUAUUUUUCAGUUCUUUAAUUCAAUGAUUGAAAGUCCUGCAAGGAUAAGCAAUGGUUAUUUAAAUGGAUAUACUCAUUUGCCUUUGGCCGAGGCUUCUAACAUAAAAGAUCAGAAGCAGAUUAAGCAUAACAAAUUUUCUACUUUAUUAUCGUCCGGGAAGCAAGUCCUUGAAGCAGGCACUGAGUAUAAUCCAAUUGGUGAGCCAAUCACGAAAUCUGGCGCUGCACUACAAGCUUCAGGCGAGGCUGUAUAUGUGGAUGACAUUCCAUCACCAACAAAUUGCCUACAUGGAGCAUAUAUUUAUAGUGAAAAACCAUUGGCAAAGAUAACAAGUAUAAAACUUGGGCAUGAAUUGGAACUUGAUGCAGUGAGGGACAUCCUUACAAGUAAAGACAUUCCCGAUGGUGGGGAGAAUCUUGGAGCAAAGUCUAGUUUCGGUACAGAACCUUUAUUUGCCGAAGAGAUUGCUAGAUGUGUUGGCGAACGUCUUGCAUUUGUGGUUGCAGAUACUCAGAAACUUGCAGAUAUGGCUGCAAACUCCUCUGUUGUUGAUUACAGUCUUGAAAAUCUUGAACCACCUAUCCUAAGUGUUGAAGCUGCUGUUGAAAGAUCUAGUUUUUUUGAAGUUCCUCCAUUUUUACGGCCAAAAAAUCAAAUUGGUGAUGUAUCAAAAGGAAUGGCUGAAGCAGAUCACAAGAUUGUUUCUGCUGAGAUAAAACUUGGAUCUCAAUACUAUUUCUAUAUGGAGACACAUACCGCGCUCGCUGUACCCGAUGAAGACAAUUGCAUAACUGUUUACUUGUCAAGUCAAAGCCCUGAGUUUGCACAUUCUACUAUAGCAAGAUGCCUUGGCAUUCCUGAAAAUAAUGUUAGAGUAAUUACAAGAAGGGUUGGAGGUGGUUUUGGAGGAAAGGGCAUGAAAGCAAUAGCUGGUGCUGUAUCCUGUGCACUCGCAGCACAAAAAUUACAGCGAGCUGUCAGAAUGUAUCUUAAUCGAAAGACAGAUAUGAUAAUGGCCGGAGGAAGACAUCCAAUGAAGAUAACAUACAGUGUUGGAUUUAAGAAUAAUGGAAAGAUUACUGCAUUAGACCUUGAGAUAUUGGUCAAUGCUGGGAUUUAUCCUGAUGUUAGCGCAAUAAUGCCACGCAAAAUAGCUGGUGCGCUUAAAAAGUAUGACUGGGGUGCACUCUCUUUAGAUAUAAAGUUAUGCAGAACAAAUCAUCCUAGUAGAUCUGCACUGAGGGGGCCAGGUGACACGCAGGGAUCAUUCAUCGCUGAAGGUAUAAUAGAAAAUGUUGCAGCUACACUUUCGAUGGAAGUGGAUUCUGUUAGAAGCAUUAAUCUUCACACCUACACAAGUCUAAAGAAAUUCUAUGAUGAUUCUUGUGGUGAACCACUUGAAUAUACCAUGCCUUUAAUAUGGAACAAGUUAGCUGUUUCUGCAAACUAUGAACCGAGAGUAGACAAAGUGAAAGAGUUUAACAGACUUAACAUUUGGAAGAAAAAGGGAAUAUCUCGAAUACCGGUGUUGUUUGAGCUUAGUCUAAGACCAACUCCAGGAAAAGUUAGUAUUUUAUCCGAUGGUUCUGUUGUUGUUGAAGUCGGAGGAAUAGAAAUGGGUCAGGGUUUAUGGACAAAGGUGAAACAAAUGGCUGCGUUCGCGCUUGGUACAAUUCAGUGUAAUGGAACUGAAAGCCUUUUGGAUAAAGUGAGGGUUGUACAAUCUGAUACCUUGAGUAUGAUUCAAGGUGGAUUAACCGCCGGGAGCACUACAUCAGAAGCAAGUUGUGCAGCAGUUAGGCUUAGCUGCAAUACCUUGGUUGAAAGACUACAACCUAUCAAGAAGCAGCUCCAAGAGAAAAAGAGUUCUAUCAAGUGGGAGGAUCUUAUUCUUCAGGCAUACAUGCAAGCUGUGAAUUUAUCAGAUUCUUCAUAUUUUGUGCCCGGUAGUAAUUCCGUUAAGUACAUCAAUUAUGGCGCUGCAGUUAGUGAGGUGGAAAUAGAUCUUCUGACAGGAGAAACCAGAUUUUUGCAAACAGAUAUUAUUUAUGACUGUGGACAAAGUCUCAACCCUGCUGUGGAUUUAGGACAGAUUGAAGGAGCUUUCAUACAGGGGUUAGGAUUUUUCAUGCUUGAAGAGUAUGAAACAAACCUUGAUGGUUUGGUUUUGCAAGAUGGAACAUGGAACUACAAAAUCCCAACAAUAGACACUAUUCCUCAUCAGUUCAAUGUUGAAAUCCUCAACAGUGAGCAUCACCAACGUAGAGUUCUCUCCUCAAAGGCAUCUGGUGAGCCACCCUUGCUUCUAGCAGCUUCAGUUCACUGUGCCACAAGAUCAGCCGUCAAAGAAGCCAGGAAACAGCUCUUAUCAUGGAGCAACUCAGAUGAUGGAUCAGAUUCAGCAUUUCAGUUGGGGGUCCCUGCAACCAUGCCUGUAGUAAAGGAAGUCAUUGGACUAGACAUUGUACAAAGAUACUUGAAAUGGAAAAUGGACAACAAGUAAAGGAACUCAAUCAUACAUCAUUAUUAUGUAAAUGAAAGCUUUCAAUAAUUCAAUGUCAAUGCAUUAUUUGUGACACUUGUAUAAAGUUAUCAUUAAAUGAAUUUCAUCUGAAUCUUGUAAAAAAGGCAGGCCUAUUUGUGGCAUUCAAUAAUUGAUGUAUAGGAAAGGCUGUAUGGAAUGGAAAAUAUUUUUGAUAUAUUUCAAAGUUCUAAUUA